CUCUCGUUGUGAAAUAGAAUCAACGGCAGGAACAAUUCUUUCCAGUAGCAGGUCUUCGCCCAACCUCUCAUACUCAACUAGAUCAAUUAUUCAAAUGUAUACUACAUCACGUUUUUUAUCAUUUCUCAUGUUGAAAAUUGCUACUAUUCUGCGUUUUUUAACAGUUCUGUUCUUCAUACAAGGAACAGUCUGUCAAAAUGAAGCAGUUUACCGAAGGAAACGGUAUUGUCGUCGACUUUUUACACCUGCGAUUAAUUCAGCCAUCGGCGUGUGUACAUUUCCGUGUCUAUUAUUAUCCCGCGAAGAACCUCCAAAGAUACUUGUGCAGUGGGAGCCCGACGGAAGUCUUUGCAAGAUCUAUGAACGAUUCUCGCAAAAACUAAAGACAGGUCACUGUCGAAGAGGAUUGUGCCUUGGGACGCCGAGUUACGGAGGGAUACAGCGAAUCAAGAGGGAUCUCAGAUCCUCUAUUACUUCCCGUCAGCGGAACAACAGUUAUGCUGUCUACACACAUUUGAACAGGACAGCUGGAGCAGCAAGUGCAGCUACCUUGAGACAGAGAAUCGAACGAAGGAGGAGACAGAUGUGGUUCGAUUGUGAAUGUGCUAGUCAAAAGGGAUUAUUCGGUGACAUGAGUUCCUCAUCCCGCUCUUUUGGCAGAGGGAGCCGCGGUAGAAGAGGGAAGCGACGUAAAGUAGGGUGCAGGAUAAUUUGCAUGUUCCUUGUAAACCGAUACAAGCACGACAAAAGCUGGGCCAGCCUCUUUGAAGCUCGCUCAAAUUCUUUUGGAAGCGGUGGGAUCGCCAACGCUGCGGCCACGUCCAUAGGAAAUGGAAGUUUCCAUGAACUUACGGGGGGACUGACGGGUGGUCCCACGAGCAGACUAAACGCGUCUGGUAUCAGUUCUACUUCUCACGUUAGCGGAAUGCAUGGUGCAGGUAUGAUAGGCAGUGGUGGGGUUAGAAUCACUAAUCACUUGGCCGCCGGAUCUGGUGGCGUUAGUGUUAAUAACGCUCCUACAAGCGACAGAGGCACGGGAGCUGGCGCUGGUGCUGCUGGAGGCAGCGGAACAAUAGUGGGCAUAGGUACUGCCAAUGGCGCUGCGUCUAGAACCGUACUAGCAGGUACAUCCGUUGGGAGCGUCAGUACUACUCUCAGUAGCGUUCCAAUAGUAGGGAGCGAAGGAAACAAACCAGUGGGUGGCGAUGCCAAUGGCAGGCCUGCUUCAGUCAGUGGGAGACCUCCAGUUAGCAGUAUGAAUACAAUCAACAACAGUGGCACCAGUGGUGUUGGAGUAGGAGGCAUACCAGGCACUAGAUCUACCGGAAACGUUGCUAUUGCUGGAGGAAGCAGUACAAUUGCUGGUAUUAAUAGCGCCGCAACUGGCGGAGCCCCAAGCAGCGUAGCUGCCGGCGGCCUCAGUGGCAGCAGCACUGCUGGGGCUACAGGUAGUACCAGCAAUAACAGGAAUACACUGGGCAGCACGGGUUUGUCCGGCAACAACAUAGAUGUCCGUGGUGGGGCCAGCGUGGAAAGUGGCGGUGGAGUAAGCAGCGGUGCCGUCGGUGUUGUUAGCAGUGGCUCCGGCAGAGUGGUAAACUCCGAUAGCCUCACUGGUAGUCGAUUGGGAAUCGAUAAUGGUGGACUGACCACUGAGACUGUUCGUAAUCAUGGCUCAAACACCGUUACAGGAAGCGAAAGCUCGAGUGUUACAGCUGGCGGUACGGGUAGCACCAACAACGCAGGUCACGGUGUCGGCUCGUCUGGCAGUAGAAUGGGCGUUGCUGUUAGCGGUGGACCAGCCUUUCCGGGUUCCGAAGGUGCCAUGAAUGCUAUAGCUAGAGGAGGUGGCACAGGAAUUCACGCAGUUGUCGGAAGCAAUGGGAGAGGUAUCGGUAAUGGUGGUAUGCCUAAUGUUCAUGGCGAUGAACGAGGCACAAGUGCCAGUGGUUGGACUCCUAAUGUCAUUGGAAUGGGUGGCAGCGCAACUCUCCAUGGCAGUUCUACUGGUAAUACUGGGAUGACAUCAAUAAGCACCACAUCAUUGACUGCUGGCUCACCUGUCUCUGCCACUACCACCAUUGAAAGUCGUCCUGGAUUCACCAUUGGCUCUGCUGGUGGUGCUUCCGGCGGUGUUACAGGAAGCUUGGGAGCAGGCGGUAGGAGUAACGGAGCCGCUGUAAGCAGCACGGGAAUGAAUACAGGCACAACCGGAAGCGGCACGGUUCUGAGUGGCAUCAGCGGUGCAUCUAAUAGUACUUCAAGCAGCACAGCGCUCAUUGAAGGCACUGGCGCUGGUGGCAAUGACACAGGAAUCGGCGUCCAUGGUGUCGGAAGCGGUCCGAUACGAACUGGUACCAACGGAUUUUCUCGAGAAAGUGGUGUUCCCCCUAAUUCCGGCACUGUAGUAGUCGGAGGAACAGCUGGAGCAGUUCCUAGUUCCGUUGAUAGUAAUAGAGUUCUUGGUACUGGCACAAGUGCGGCGAGCAGCAUUGCGGGAGUACUCAGUGGUGGCAUAACAAGCGGUAGCAUUCUAACACCAGGUAAUACUGCCAGUCCAACUGGCACAAGUACACCCAGCGUAGUUACUGGAAAUGGCAGUCCUGGCAGUGAAGCAGUCGGCAUUGCCUCUGUAGGCAAUCGUGGUAAUGGAAUUAUGAACACCGGCUUACCAGAGCGUAGUACUAGUAUCCCAGUGAGAAACUCCGUAGGAAAUGGCGCUGGUCCCAGUAAUGUGGGUGUCGGCGGUGGUGGCAAUGAUACCAGCCAUGUAACUACCACUAGCGGUGUUAUGUCAGGUUCGACCGGCGAAGGAGCAACCAGUGCAGUUACUGGCCAUGCCAGCGGUGCCAGCGAAAGAAUCAGAAUUGGAUCUGUAGGCAAUCCUGGUAGUGAAAUUGGUAACUCCGGCUCAUCAGGUGGGAGUGUGACUGUACGUCUUACAACCGGUUCUGAAAGUGGUGCUGGCCACGGCAAUACGGCUAUGAGUAGCACUGGCGGUCGAAACCAUGUUCCGGCCCCUACAGGAACAGCCGGCAGUAGUGGGUUUGGAGCGGUUACAGGUGGUAUAUCUAACGGAAGCGCUGGUAGCCCCGGCGUUACCGCGCUCGCAGGAGGCGGAGCGAGCAGUGCCUUGACAGGCUAUGAAGGAGUGGGCGCUGGUUCUUCAAGCAAUAGGGGGAUUGCGGCACCUACUAACCGGUCGGACAGUGGAGGCGCAAACAGUGCAGGGUUCGCUGGUGCUGGCGGAACUGCAACAGAAAAUGAGGUAGGCGGUGGCGGAAGUAGCAUGUUAGGAAUGGCGAGCAGCGGGGUCUCUGGCUUAAGCACGCGUCUUCCCAACCUUCGCGUUUCAGGAGGAAGUGAAACUGUCCGUGGAAUUGGCAGCAACAGCGGCGUCGAAAUCGGCACCGUCUCUGUAAGAACUAGCAAUGCGAACGCAAUUACCCCGUGUCUGGCGCCAACUCUCUUCCUUCUGGCACUCAUAACGUUGUGGUUGUCGGAGGGGAGAACGGCGCUUCCGUUGGUGCCACGAGCAGCAGUAGCAGCGUAGGCGUUGGCGCGGCUUCAGGUGUCACCACCAGCACCGGAACUCUUAGCGGUGAGUUAUCUGGCGUUAUAUCCAGGCCCUCCGGUGCCGCACUGGUGGGAACUGAUGGGGGUGCUGGCAUCGGCAGUGUCAGCAAUGAUGGUGGCCGGGAAGCGGGCGCACACGCUAGAGAUAGCGCGGCGCGUACGCUAACUAAUGGCGAUCGGUCAGGCAGCAGUUCUGAUCGUUUUGAUUUUAUGGGCUCUGGAAGAAAUGACGCCUCAAGCGGCUCUCAUGGCAGCGGCAAUGGUGUUGGUAUGGGGGGUGGCGCGCCCUUUAACAAUGGCGCGUCAUUCGGUUUUGGCGGGCCAUAUGGUGGAACAGCGAGUGGUUUUGGUAACACAGGCGGCGGAUUGAGUGGCGGAACAUGGAACGCGCUAAGUGGGGCCUAUAAUGGCAUGGGUAUAGGCUAUGGAAGCAGUCGAUUCCCAGGAGGUUUUGGCAGUAUGGCAGGCAUGCAACCUUAUGGUGGAAGAAACUUCGGCAUGGGGGUUGUAAAUCCCGGAAGUCUACCCCCUCGCAGGAACAUUGAAUUAUACGAAGAUGAUAUCUUUUUUCAAGACUAAUAAAAUUGUUGUGAUAGCUGGUGAUAAAGAAGGCGUAUUGAUAUCAGAGUGUACACGCAGAAAAAUAUCGAGAAAACACUUAUCUUUUUAGAUACUAUGUCCUCUGUCGCAUAUGAGUGCUGCUGUAGUGAUCCGCUCCUAUAGUGUGCGGUAGCCGAAAUAGCGCACAUGAACUAAAUUUCAUUUGAUACAAAAAUACCUAGGUAUUGAAAAGAUUCCAAGUUUGGCACAACUGCGUCUUUGAAAUGCGACUAAUGAAUUAUUUCAUCAAGUAAUUCAGGGUGUAAGUGACUUUCUUUAUUGUAAGUUACAUAUCUUUACAAACUGACGGCACAAUAAAAUUCGGUGGAACUCAUCUCACGAUGACUGUCGACGGAAAUGUGUUUAGUAUGGAAUCCACACAGCGUCUCAACGUAUUGCUACCGUCAAAACGACUUGUGUAUCAGGCGUGUACUGCAGCGGAACUCCUCUUUCGUGCUUUCCUACACACUA